AAAAAUGUAAACAAUAACAAGAAAUAUAAAUUCAUUUACGACCAUUUUGUUAUUUCUAGAAUGUUUCUGACCCUCUUUUCAACCUCAGUUGGCGCUUUUGAAGUGCAAGACCUGGAGGAUUUUUUUACAUCUGUUAUUGAACAGGUAUACACACCCACAAUUAAUGAUAAUUUACAGACAGUUUUUCCUCUACCAAACAUUAUAAAGAUGAUGAAAAUAGACUUUAGUGAAGGACACAUUGAAGCAGUUAAGGACCUGCUCCUCAUAUCUGUCAGUGUUUGUAAAGCUUGAGAAGAGUAAUGUGGUCACUUAUCUUUAAGAAAAUGGGCUGCAGAUUCAGUCAAGAACCUGUCUUACAUCCUGUCUUAUCCUACCCGAAAUUGUUUAUCAUAACCAAACAAUAAAUAAGUUAUCAUCCCCAUUCAUUUUGAAUUUAUAAAUGGAAGUACAUGAGUUGGUUAGAAAUUGCAGACAUACCAUUCUUAUUUUCAUUUGAUCAUCUUUUUUUAAAAUAGCCUUUGAAUAUACAUACAAAUAUAAUUAUACACAGCAUAUUCCAGUUCUAUUUCAGUUAGUAACAAUAAUAAAAACAAAAAAGUGAUUUUUUUUUUUCUGAAUAAAUUCUAUCUCCUAUAGCAGCUUU